GCUCCCAUCCAGCACAGGAAGAAAACCUGACACAUUCCACCAUAAACACAAAAUGGCUGGGAAGCAGAGAUAGCCAACUAGUCCAAGCUAAAGCAAACUCCAGCCGCCCGGAGCUCCAGCGGAAGAGGUCUUUGACGUUGACAUGCUGCACGUCUCCGAAAUCAUAGCAAAACGAAGGCAUGACGACGCAGAGGUUUGAACGCAGUGGCAUCCACCUGGACCAAUCGGAACUGCUGUGCACCAAGGGAUGUGGGUUCUACGGCAACGCAGCCUGGAGAGGCCUGUGUUCAAAAUGCUGGAGAGACGAGAACCAGAAAGACAAACAGACUCAGAUUCAGGAAGACUGGGCCCUUGCAGAGAGGUUGCAGAAAGAGGAGGAGGUGGCCUACGCCAGCACCCACCAGACGGCCCCGACGCAGCCUCCCGCCUCGGGCAGGCGGGAGGAAAAGAAACCCAAGGAAAAGGCCAGUAAAGUCAAAACGGUCGCAAAACUGUUCAGCACCUCCACAAAAACACCGCCCAAAAAAGAUCACAUCUCGGGGGAGGCGGCGCCCGGCUCCUCGGGGGGUCCCCGCCACGGCCCCCCGGACCCCGACCAAGCCACGCGGGACUUCAUCGACUUCCUGAAGCCCCUGAGACCGGGCCGCGAGAUCUUCAAGCAGUGCCGAGCGUUCACGGAGAGCAUGUUCUACAAGAGGGAACUGGGUGUUGAGGAGCUCUCUGAAUGUGUCCAGGAUUUCUACCAGAAACUUUCUGACUACCUCCACACUCAGUUCAAAGGUUCGUCGGAGCAGGUGGAGAGUGUGAUGGACGAGGUGGAACGGUACAUGAUGAGCCGUCUCUACGAGGGCGUCUUCUGCCCCGAGUCCACCGACGACGAGGACAAAGACCUGGCCAUCCAGAAGAGGAUCAGGGCCUUGCACUGGGUCACCAUGGAGAUGCUGUGCGUCCCCGUGGACGAGGAGAUUCCCGAGGUGUCGGACAGCGUGGUCAAAGCCAUCACAGACGUGAUCGAGAUGGACUCCCGGCGCGUCCCGCAGCAGAAGCUGGCCUGCAUCACGCGCUGCAGUAAGCACAUCUUCAGCGCCAUCCGGGCCACCAAGGGGGAGCCGGCGUCGGCCGACGACUUCCUGCCCGCGCUCAUCUACACGGUGCUGAAGGCCAACCCCCCGCGGCUGCAGUCCAACAUCCAGUACAUCACGCGCUUCUGCAGCCCCAGCCGCAUCAUGAGCGGAGAGGACGGAUACUACUUCACCAACCUGUGCUGCGCUGUGGCCUUCAUCGAGAAGCUGGACGGCCGCUCCCUCAACAUGAGCUCCGAGGACUUUGAGCUCCACAUGUCGGGCCAGACCCCGGCCCCCCCGCGGCCCCCGGCCCCCCCCCCCUCACUGCAGCAGGUCCAGAGCGGCCUGGACCUGCUGACCGGCCUGGGGGUCCGCCAGGAGCGCGUCAUGGAGGGGGCCCGCCGGCUGGAGAGCGACCUCAUCGACUGGAGCCAGGACGUGGAGCACAGGGUGCACGGCGCCCUGGGGGGGCCCCCCCUGGAGGCCGAGGGCCCGCCCCCGGCGACCGAGGGCCCGCCCCCGGCGACCGAGGCCCCGCCCGCACCGUCGGCCAUCGACGCCGACAACGUGGAGAACGACCUCCUGCCGCCGCCGCUGCUGCCACAGCUGUUCGCCGGGUGAUGGGGCCCCGCCUGCCCGCCCCCCCCCCCCCCCCCCCGCCCGGUGACCUAGCGUCCCCCAGGGGCCCCGGUCCCCUUCAUCACACUCCAGAGCAGGCUCCACUCCGCGGGACUCCCCCCCCCCGCAGAGCAGCUCCGUGCCCCCGCAGCAUCACUCCAGACGGACGCUGGGGGCCCCUCUGGAGGGUUCUCUGGGGGCCCCUCUGGAGGGUUCUCUGGAGGCCCCUCUGGAGGGUUCUCUGGGGGCCCUCUGGAGGGUUCUCUGGGGGCCCUCUGGAGGGUUCUCUGGGGCCCUCUGGAGGGUUCUCUGGGGGCCCUCUGGAAGGUUCUCUGGGGGCCCUCUGGAAGGUUCUCUGGGGGCCCUCUGGAAGGUUCUCUGGGGGCCCCUCUGUAGAGUUCUCUGGGGGCCCUCUGUAGAGUUCUCUGUAGGGUUCUUUGGGGGCCCUCUGUAGGGGUCUCUGUAGGGUUCUCUGGGGCCCCUCUGUAGGGGUCUCUGUAGGGUUCUCUGGGGCCCCUCUGUAGGGGUCUCUGUAGGGUUCUCUGGGGGCCCCUCUAUGAGGCUCUCUGUGGGGCCCCUCUGUGGGGGCCCUUCCGUCCCCUCGCACGUUUAGCUUCCUUAGAGAUGACGCUGAUAUUAGGCCACUUUAGAAUCAUAA